GUCUUACGACUCUGCACUCAAGGCACCUGAGCCACUUAUAUAUUCGUGGGAAGUCAACGAAUAAGGUUCUACACAGAACAGCAUCACGGCAGGUAAAGAUCUCGCAGCAGACCACCUCUCUCCAUCCUUAGAGCACCUUACUUGCGCGCACGUGCUCUGGGGGGUGCGGGUGGCCUAUGAAUGAGCCGACGCCAAGCCCAGCUGCACACCCGCCUCUGCGCCCGCGUGUGGACUAUGCGAUGCCCUCGUGGUUCUUCCACCCUGAAUGCACUGGCCCGUGGUUUGCGAGAACAGGGAGGGCGGCGGGGCGGCCGCGGGCAGCCGUGGGGCUCGCGGGGGAGGCGCCCGGAUGCCCCCUCCCUUCCGGAUCGCCGUGCUUGGGGCGCAGGGCGUGGGCAAGACGGCCAUCGUGCAGCGCUUCCUCCACGAUGACUACAGCGACCGGCCCGCGCCGGCGCCGAGCCGCGCGCGCCAGGUCCACCUGGCUGCCGCCGUCCUCAACGGUCACGUGCACGACCUGCAGAUCACGGACUACCCGGCCAUCGCCAGCUUUCCUGGCAGCAGCCUGCAGGAAUGGACAGACACUUGCUGCCGAGGCAUCCGCAGUGCUCACGUCUACAUCCUGGUCUAUGACAUCUGCUGCUUUGACAGCUUUGAAUACGUCAAGACCAUGCGUCAGCAGAUCCUGGAGACCAGGAUGGUGGGGACAUCGGACACUCCCAUCCUCAUUGUGGGCAACAAGAGGGACCUCCAGCGGGGGCGGGUCAUCCCGCGCCACAACGUCUCCGACCUGGUGAGGAAGAGCUGGAAGUGUGGCUACGUGGAGUGCUCCGCCAAGUUCAACUGGCACAUGUUGCUGCUCUUCGGCGAGGCGCUGCGCAGCGUGGGCUGUGUGCGCUGCAAACACGUCCACGCCACCAUCCGCUUCCAGCGGGCGCUGCGGAGGGAGCGCUGCAGCCUCAUGUGACGGACGGGUCUGCCCAGAGAGGGUAGCCUCGGGAGGGGCAGUGGCCGAGCAGGACUGCUGAGUUGUGAUUGACUAGAAACCUGCAGGAUCCACUGUAUACCUACUUACAACUGCCCUCAAGUUUUGCUGCUGAAUUCAUCCUUGAUCAAGGAUGGGGAAAUGAUUAUCUUUGUAAAAGUUACCACCUUUGAUCUUCUCCUUAACUUAGAGGCAGCUACUUCAACCAAAAAUACCGGCUGUCUGAUUAUUUAUACUCAAAUGCACUCAAGGAACCUUCUAGCAUCUGGUAGUGGCUCCAGACAGACAGCUGUUUGUGUUGUGGAAGUAACUUAGAGGUAAUUCAUGACAUUGCAAAUGCCCCAGGCCCCCUACAGAGUGAGACUGUGGCUGGCAUCUGCUGUAAAGAGAGCAGACUAACCUAACCCAUGCUGUCCUGGUCUCUCUAAUGAAAUUGAAUUUAGCACCUAAAGUCCAAGGUUGUUGAGUAUGGUGUGGUCAGUUCUCUUUAAAUAUUAAAAAUAUGAACUGAUGAACUGUCAUUCGCCUUCUGUAAAUCUUGCUGUCCUGUAAAUCAGCCCUAUAUUGUAUGCUUUGCUUUAAAUGCAAAUUAUACCAAUUUGUGGGUAAUUGUGCCAAUUAAAAGGAGGGCAACAGACUUCGGUUCACCUCCAGAUCAUU